AUCACCAAACAUAGCUAGUCAAGAACAACCAAAUGAAAGAAGAAAAAUGUGGGAAAACUUGUGGUCCAAGUAUCUACAAUUUCAAGGUAAUUGGAUAGAAGAAACAAGAGGAACAUUGAUGUUGGUGGCAACUGUGAUUGCCACCAUGACAUUUCAAUCAACAAUAAGUCCACCAGGUGGAGUUUGGCAAGAAAACACACAUACUGGAGGACUCAACUGCACUACUUAUGGCAUAUGUGAAGCAGGCACUGCAGUUUUAGCUUAUGCUUGGCCACAUGAAUUUGUACAGUCCAUGACAUAUAACACCACUUCUUUCUUUUCAUCUCUUGGUGUUGUGUUGCUACUUAUUAGUGGAUUCCCAAUUAAGAAUAAGGUCAUGAUGUGGGUCUUGACCAUGGCUAUGACCAUUGCAGUCACGUUUAUGGCGCUCACGUAUGUGUUUGCACAGGGUUUGGUCACUCCUUACCAUAUUAUUCAGACAUAUUUUAGCAUGGCACACCCUUUGGUUGUUGCUUGGGGAAUAUUGCUUUUAGUUUUUGGCUUGAUCCAUACACUACGGUUGGUUUUCUGGGUAAAGAAAAGGACAAAAAUGAAGCACAAAUUACCCGGUCGUUUAGCCCUGCAUGGAAGUGGAAGAGAAAUACUAGCAAAACUCUAAUUUGUAAAUUCA